AUGGUAAUCAAGAAGGGUAAUCCAAUUUUGGCAUCUAAAGAAGAUGCCAACUUCAGAGAAGCAUUAAAGCUUUUUGACAGCAAGCAAUACAAGAAGGCCUUAAAAUUAGUCGAUACAAAUCUCAAGAAACAUGCGAAUCAUGUUGAAUCGGUUGCACUUAAAGGAUGUAUUAACUUCCAUAUGGGUAAUAAAUCCGAUUCUGAAUCGUAUAUCUUAAAAGCAGUUCAAAAGGCACCAGAAAAUUAUUUAGUCGAUCAUUUAGCUGGAUUAUAUUAUCGUGCAAUCGAAGAUUAUGCAGAGGCAGCCAAAUGGUUCAAAGCCGCAAAUGAUAAUGGGUCGCCAAAUAAACCGAUCUUACGUGAUUUAUCCUUCAUGCAGUGUCAAAUUCGUGAUUAUAAGAAUUUAAAAGAAUCUAGACAGGCAUACUUGGAACAUCAACCAGGAUAUCGUGCAAAUUGGACUGGAUUGGCCGUGGCUCAACAUUUACACAAGGACUAUUCAAGUGCUAUUAGUACUUUGACUAAGAUUGAAGGAAUUAUUAAGGAACAUUUGACUGACGCAGAUAUGUAUGAGCAGAGCGAAUGUGCAUUAUAUAAGAAUAAGAUCAUCGCCGAGUCUGGCGAUUUUGGCAAGGCACUUGAGACAUUGGAACAAGAUGCCGAUUGCAUUAAAGAUAAAGCUUCGCUUAUGGAAUAUAAAGCCAAGUAUCUUAUGCUUUUGGGACAAAAGAAGGAAGCCUCAGCAAUCUAUCGUCAACUUUUACAGAGAAAUCCUGACAACAUUCAGUAUUAUACCUUGUUGGAAACCUCGUUAGAUUCAGUAUCCAAAUCAGAAGAAGUCAGAGUUAAAUUAUAUGAAAAACUCGGUAGGUUCUAUCCUCGUUCCGAUCCACCAAAGUUCAUUCCAUUGACUUUCUUAUCCUCAUCCAAUGAACUUUUCGAAAAGAAAGCUAAGGAAUAUAUUAUCCCGCAAUUAGUCAGAGGAGUUCCUGCAACCUUCGUGAAUGUUAAACCAUUGUAUCAAAAUCCCGCCAAGUUGGCUGGCAUUGAAAAGAUCGUAUUAGAUUUCUAUGCCAAUGAAUUGCCAAGCAUCGAGAAUCCAACCGUUGCAGUCUGGACUGAUUAUUACUUAGCUCAACAUUACUUGUAUAAGAAAGAGUUAGACAAUGCUGAUAAAUAUAUCGACAGUGCACUCAAUCACUCCCCAACUUUGGUUGAAUUAUAUAUUAUCAAAGCCAGAAUCGCUAAACACAGAGGAGAAUUAGUCCAAGCUAGUGAAAUCAUGAAUGAAGGUCGUGAGUUGGAUUUACAAGAUAGAUUCAUUAAUUCGAAAUGCACCAAGUAUUACUUACGUGCCAACCGAGUUGACGAGGCUAUUGAUUGUAUUUCGCUCUUUACUAAAUUCGACGAAGGUGCUGUAAAUGGAUGUAAGGAUUUACAUACUAUGCAAGUCAGUUGGGUUUUGAUUGAAAGUGCUGAAGCAUAUGCCAGACUCUAUCAUGAAUAUCAAGAGAAAGAAAAAUCUGCAGGUAAUCUCAAUGACGAGGGUGCAGAGGAAUUACAAGAACUGGUUCUUUAUAAAGGAUUGGCAUUGAAGAGAUAUAUGUCUAUUAUCAAGCUUUAUAAGAUAUUCUAUAAUGAUCAAUUUGACUUCCAUUCAUAUUGUUUAAGACGUGGUACUCCUAGAGACUAUAUUGAUACUAUUAGAUGGGAAGAUCAAAUCCAUGCUACCCCGAUUUAUACACGUGCUUUAAAAGGAUUAUCAGAAAUUUAUUUUGAAGCUUACGAAGAAAGGGCUACCAAGAACGGUGAAAUUCAAGAAGACUCAAGUAAGAAGAACCACCAUAAGAAGAAAAAGAAGGCAAAGACAAGUAAGAAGAUGGCCGAAUUGAUCACAAAGGUCGAAAGCGAGAAAGAGGACGAGGAUCCUCUUGGUGCUAAGUUAGUCGCAGAUUUACAAAAGACAGAUAUUAUUGAAUCUUUAUUUGAAUUAUUUAAACCAUUGAUUGAUGAAGGUAAACACUUAAGACUUACUUGGGAAGUUCUCUUUAAAAUUUAUUUAAUCCAAGGGAAAUAUGUUUUGGCUUUACAAGCCAUUAAGAAUCUUAAUAAGGUGAUUAAUCCUUAUAAUAACAAGAAAUUAAAGGAAAUCGCAACUAAAAUUAUUGAAUUAUCAGAAACUUCCAAGAAUGAUAAGGAUGCGAACCCUGCUAUUGUCAAGGUCGUCGAGAAAGGUUUAAUCGCUGCCUUCCCUGAUUUCGAGAAACCUAGUGAAGAAUUCCUUGCAUUAUAUUCAGCAUAG